UUCAGUUAAAUUCGAACCGUCGAUCGCGUUUGUAGCGUGUCGCGAAUCGCGAGCGAGUCCGUCCCGCCGCCGAUCGGAAUUCCGAUUUAUCGUCCUCGCAAAACUCCAUUUUUGGCCAUUGAAUUAGAGAAUCAACGAUCAAGAUGGGGUGCGGAAUGGGAAUGAUCAAGUAUCUGCUCUUUAUAUUUAAUUUCAUCUUUGUGCUAUGCGGUUUAGCUAUCUUGGUCGUGGGCGUUUUAGUGCGCAUAGGAGAUCAAAAAUAUGCCGAAGAAAUGAAAACCAUCACUGGUGAUCUUGCGUUCCCAUCGAUAACAUUGAUCGUCAUCGGCAGCAUCAUCUUUGUGAUCGCUUUCUUCGGAUGCUGUGGUGCGAUUCGCGAGAGUCAUUGCAUGAUUGUCACGUUUGCAACUUUACUUUUAACGAUCCUGAUCAUACAAGUGGCUGUUGCGAUUUACGCAUUUGUCGUACUGAAGAAUGCCGAUGAAAUCGAUUUUAAGAAUGAAUACGCAAUGAACGUCUUCAACUAUUAUACUAAAAGAGAGUCACAGAAGGAACUUGUAGAUUUAAUACAGCAGGAAUUGGAAUGCUGUGGCGUUGAAAGUUAUAAAGAUUUCAAAACUCUUAAUAUAUCUAUUCCGGGAAGCUGCUGCGGUAAAGAUCCAACCAAUGUAGCUUUAACAUGUUCCCAACAAGAAGCUUACGAGGAGGGUUGUGUAGUCGCGCUAAAAGAUCUCUUUAAAUCUGCAUGCGCGGCAUUAGGUGGCAUCGCUCUGGGUAUCGCUGCAAUCGAGCUGAUUGGCAUCAUCUUCGCGCUAUGUCUGGCGAAUUCCAUAAAGAACGCCGAACGCAGAGGCUAUAGUGUAUAAAAAUGGAACUACGUGAAGAACACCGUUUUGGACGGGAAGCUUCUUCAUACACAACAACGUUUUUAUCUAUCUUUUGCGUAUAUUCGCCUAAGACAUGUGAUAAAAUAUUGACGCUUUACGUACACAAUAGGUUAAAUUAAAUUAUUUUUUCUUUUUUUCAAGCAGAAAAAUAUAGAGCAAAGUGCCUCUUUAUAUUUUCGAGUCUCUUUGCGCAUUGCCAAUCGUGAUUAAAAAAAGCAUAAAGAUAAUAUAUUUUCGAUAAAAUAUUUUCUUAUUUGCUAACUUUAGGAACUUAAAUUCUACAUUAAGAAUCUAAUGUAGAACUCGACGCACUAACUGGCAAUGAAUGUUACCGUAAAUCAUUAUAUUCUAAAAUUACUUAUAUAUAAUUAUUUUUUUUAAUACGAUUAUACGGUUAUAUAUUUUGAUACGGUAUUGCUUUGACUCACAUUUAUACCUCGAUAACAAUUAGAAAAACAUGAAACAAAAUAAAAUAUCUGUUGUGUAAUUAUUGAACAUAUAUCGUUCCGAAUAAUUAGUUCGAGUUCGAACAAAAUACUUGGUAUACUUAUUACGGAAGAGCGAUAGUAUUUUACAAAGUUAACGUUAUAAAGAUUUUUUCAUAAUAGAUUACAAGAUUGUACCUGUAAGAAAAGAUUAACCGCUAUUAAAACACGGAGUUUUCAUAUAUGUUUUUACAUAAAAUUCACUUUGUUUGUACAGCACACAGUAUGGCUAUUAUCUAUAUAAAUCUAUAUGUAUUUUUCUCUUGUAAUAAAAACUACUUUAAGAAAUCCCAUCGCCGUGCUUAACAAACAAAUAAACAAAUGAAGGGACAUUUGUAUAAAUAUUUUAUCAAUAGGCGCGACGAUAAAUCGCAUAUAAAAGCUGGGCAUACUAUAGAAAUAAUUGUUCAAAUGAAGUUGUAAAAUUCUCAUAGAUAUAGAUUAUCUUACAUCGUCAAAUUAUUACAUAACGCGUAUUAUAUUCGAUUAUAUAUUUCGCCGUUUUCGAUAUAAUAUAUAAACGUACCAGCGAUUACUAUCACUUUUAUUGCGAGUCAAACUAUGUGCCCAGUUUUGUACAUUAAUUAAAUAAACAUAGAAAAAGGAUAA